UCCUGCUCAACCUGUCUCACUGGCCACAAGGCACUUGUCGCUGUCCUCCCCACCCGCGGCCUCGCCCAUUGCAACCGAAGCAAUCUCAGUUACGGCUCGUCCAGACUCUCGGUCUCCAUCCAUGGAGCCAGGGGUCGGCGAUGCCCCCGCCUCUGAGGUCCUCCACCCCGAGUCCCAUGAACAGUCGCCGCGGCUGCUGCCACUGGUGUCGGCCGAUGACAGCGUUGACGUGGUGCCUUCUGACGCCUACGGCGUGGUCGACAACACGCCCGCCUUCGAGCCGACUGAGCUGAGCUAUGAUGACGCCGUCGGUGGGGAAGAUGCGCGGCCGAUAGGUGCAGAGACGGCCGCCGACCUUGGUGGCUCUGCAAUCGAGCGAACUCACGCUUUCUUACCGGUAGAUUCGAUGGAGCCGGUCUGUCAGGAGAGCUUGUGGUUGAGUGCGGAGGCGGAAGCCGCUCCGGCUCCUGUGAAGCGGAAGCGAGGGCGCCCGCCGAAGGCUCAUGGUGCCGGGAGGAAGGCUACGGCUCCAAAGAAGAAGGAUGAGGAGGAAGUGUGCUUUAUAUGCUUUGAUGGUGGUAAUCUUGUCGUCUGUGAUCGUAGGGGAUGCCCUAAAGUAUACCACCCCUCUUGCAUCCACCGGGAUGAGUCAUUUUUUCGUUCACGGAGUCGCUGGAAUUGUGGGUGGCAUAUAUGCAGCAUCUGUCAAAAGGCUGUCACUUACAUGUGCUAUACAUGUACAUAUUCUGUUUGCAAAGCUUGCAUUGGAGGUGCUAAUUUUUUCAGUGUUCAAGGCCAAAAGGGAUUUUGUGAGACUUGCUAUAAGACUAUAAUGUUAAUAGAAUCAAAUGAAAAAACUAAUGAGGAAAAGAUCAGGGUAGACUUUGAUGACAGGAGUAGCUGGGAAUAUUUGUUCAAAGUGUAUUGGUUAACUCUUAAAGUAAAACUAUCACUCACGACAGAAAAGGUUACUAAUGCUAGAAGUUCAUGGAAAGGAUUUGAUGCUUCUUUGUGUAAAGAGGAAACAUCUGAUGAGUUAUAUGAUGCUAAUGACGAUGAAGAAGCCAGUUCUGAUGGUUCUUCAGGACUUCAUCAAUACAUUUCUUCGAAGAAAAGAGUUGGGAGAGGUUCUAAAAGCUCCAUCAAUAAAGAGCUUGCUGCCAAAGGCAUUGAGAGGGAGAAGAAAUAUUUUUCUGAAGACAACAGAUGGGCUUCACCAGUGCUCUUAGAAUUUGUGGCACAUAUGAAGGAUGGUGACAAUUCUGUUCUUUCUCAAUUUGAUGUUCAAGCCCUUUUGCUGGAAUACAUAAAGAAAAAUAACCUUCGUGAUCCUCGAAAAAAAAGUCAAAUUGUGUGUGAUGGAAGACUCAAAAAUUUGUUUGGUAAAGAAUGUGUUGGACACUUUGAAAUGUUAAAGCUUUUGGAGUCUCACUUUUUAAUCAAAGAGGUUCAACAGACAGGUACUGAUGAUAACCAAGGAGCUAUUGAUUCUGAUCGUGGUCAUAUGGAUGAUGAAGUAUACAGUAAUCUAACAAAUCUAGGUUCUGAUAAACGCCAGAAAAACCGUAAAAGAGUUGGAGAGAGAGAACUGCAAUCUAAUCUUGAUGAUUAUGCGGCAAUAGAUGUCCAUAACAUUAAUCUUGUUUAUUUACGUCGUAGUUUGUUGGAGGAUUUAAUCGAUGAUGCCAAAUUCACUGAGAAGGUUGUUGGCUCUUUUGUUAGAAUAAGGAUUCCAGCUUCUGGUCAAAAGCAAGAGAUGUAUAGGCUUGUUCAAGUUAUUGGCACACAUUUAGCUUCUGAAAAAUACAAAGUGGGCAAGAAAUCAACUGACAUUGCUCUGGAUAUUUUGAACUUAGACAAGAUGGAGUCUUCAUCCAUUGAUGCAAUCUCAAACCAAGGUUUUACAGAGAAGUGA